UAUUAUUCACACCCAACCUUAUGGCAAAAACUCCCUUCCUCCCUCUUAUGUUUCUGCUGCUAUUUGCAACCUUUGGGACUACUUUCUCUGCAAAUUUACCCAACAUCACCACUGAUGAAUCCGCCCUUUUAGCCUUAAAAUCUCAUAUAACUCAUGAUCCCCACAAUAUCUUAGCAACCAAUUGGUCCACUUCUAUCUCUGUUUGUAAUUGGAUUGGUGUCACCUGUGGGUCCAAACACCAUAGAGUCAUUGCUCUGGAUUUGUCAAGUAUGGAUCUCACAGGCACCAUCCCAUCUCACUUGGGAAAUUUAUCUUCCCUGGCCUCACUCGACGUAAGUGACAAUAGUUUCCAUGGCUCUUUACUCAUCGAGUUAACUAAUUUGCAUCGGCUGAAGUAUUUGAACUUUUGUAACAACAACUUCGAUGGAGAAAUCCCAUCAUGGUUUGGUUACUUUGCUCAACUUCAAGGCCUGUUGUUGUACGGUAACAACUUCACCGGCGUUAUCCCAUUCGCUCUAGGGAAUUUGUCAAAACUAGAAACGUUGAGCUUGUACAACAACAAUUUCAAAGGACAGAUUCCUAUAACGAUGGGAAAUCUUUCAAAUUUGAAAUGGUUAUAUCUGUAUAAUAAUUCUCUUUCAGGUGUAAUUCCAAAUGUUUUUGGAAACCUGACUUCUCUCAGUUAUAUGGAUCUUUCUUUUAACAGCUUUACAGGGCAAAUUCCUUCCUCAAUCUGCAAUUUGAGUUCCCUUAAGGUUCUCUGUUUGAUGAAGAAUAGUUUGGUUGGAGAAAUUCCAGAGUGCAUUGGAAACAUGAGUUCAUCUCUUUCACACAUCGACUUGGAGAAUAAUAAUUUUCAUGGAAAUUUGGAUAAGUUACAAGUGCUUAUCGUGAGAUCGAACAAGUUCUAUGGUCAAGUGGAUAGUUAUGAUGUUACCUUCGCUCGUUUGCCUAUCAUUGAUGUUUCUUACAAUAACUUCAGUGGUUAUUUACCAACCAAAUUUUUCGAAAAUUUGCAUGACAUUAGAGAAGGGAAUGAAAAGAAAGUUGAACCAAAGUACAUGAUAGAUACAUCGACGGGUCCUACCCCAACAUCAUUAGGUGAUUUGUCGGAGCUUGAAUCAUUAGAUCUCUCAUCAAACAAGCUCCGAGGAAGAAUUCCGACUGAGUUAAAAGCUCUUGGAUUCUUAGAGGUGUUAAACCUUUCCCAGAAUUCUCUUAAGGGACUCAUUCCUAAAGGCAAACAAUUUGAUACUUUCACUAAUGACUCCUACAUAGGAAACCCGGGUUUGUGCGGGUUGCCAUUAUCAAAAAGCUGUGAUACUGAUGCGGAAAUUCCAGCAAAAUUUGUUCAGAUGCUGAUGAUGACGACGAAUUGCAAUGGAAGUUUUCUUUAUUAUUGGGGUAUGGAUGUGGGUUGA